AUGGGUGCCUUUGCGUUCCCCAUGCGCCUGCUGGCAGCGUUGCUUGGCUUAGGCUUUCGCUGCGCAGCUGAUUCCUGUGGUAAGGCUGAUGACAGUGCUUUGCUUCAGGUCACAAGGUCAUUCACACAGGAAGACAUCUCCCUUCCCAACGCAUGCAACUUCACUUCGGAGACCAUGUGGCCGAAUGAACUGCAGCAGCCGUACGUGGGAGUGCUGAAGCAGUCGUACAGGAAGGUGGAGCAGUUGCUGGCGGAAACUCUUUCCAAGGCCCCGGCUCCGUGUCAGGAUGUGGUGUUGAAGAUGAACAUAUACCCCAAGACUUCAGGCAAAGCCAUUCCAAAAAAGGGAGCGGCCUAUGCCGGCCAAGCCGGCUGUGGCGUAUAUCUUGUCAGUGAUUGGGCCGCCUCCACGUUGGCAUCAGAAGGCUCGACCGCCAAUGGAUGGGUGCUGAUGCCUUUUCCUACGGAUGCAUAUUUGGCAGAAGUACCACAAGAAAGGAGAAGCAACGAGGGGCAGCGCAUGGCCAAGGCGAUUCGCGUGGCAUUGCCACUCCUCGUGCCUUCCUACAUAAAACGGGUAACAUAUGCAGACACGAAGUGCGACUCGAACAAGUUUCUGCAAGAUGCCUUACCCGUGGCCGCUGGAGCAGACUUGGUGCUGUUGAAGCAUCCAAAUAGGUUCGGCCAUCAUCUUGAGGAGGAGUUUGAGGCAGUCAGGGUCUGGAUGCGCAUGCGGCACGAGAAUCACUUCGUGUUUGAUGACGUGAAGAAACUCGAAGACUUCCUAGGACCGGACAUGAUCAACAAAAACGUGAGCCUCUCCGACAAUAAAUGCAUCCUGUGGCACCAGGGAUCGGCCAUUCAAGCAUUUUCGCGGACGUGGUCUUGGUACCUUGCAGGUUUCUCAAUGCGAACCCAGCUUUCCUUCAAUGCAGUCCUUGACGCUUGUGGCCACAACAUGACGGUGAAGUUUCUGCCGUGGAUGCAGAAUGUGUAA